AUGAACUACACCGCCCAUCAUCUAUGCAGUAUAUCUGUCGCGGAUACGUCAUUCUCGCAUACUACAUAUCAUUCCUCAACACUUCCCUCUGGCCAGAUCAGAUACCUACAGUCUCAGUACGCUCCGCCUGUUCAGAUCCAACGGUUCUCCGACGUGUAUCAUGCUCAUUAUACCCACGCUGCUGGUCGAGCCAAGCACGUCAGAACUCAUGCACACAUUAACAGACUUCCCGCGGAGACGCUGGCGUUGAUUUUCUGGAAAAGCAUCGACGACCCGUAUGGAUGUCCAGUCGAGCGACUCAUGUCGGUGUGUAGUGCAUGGAUGACGAUCUGUAUGAGCACACCGCAACUGUGGACGAAGAUACGGCUGUCCCUUACUCACUGGAGUAGUGUACCGCGGCGGCUGUACGAGAUGCGGAACAAUUACGUCUUUCACCAUCUUUCGCGAAGUGGCAUCCUCCCAAUGGACGUGGCUAUCGACCUUGUACCCAAUGCGAAUCUCAGUGUCGACCCGCGUGCGAAUGUACAUCUCUCCCAGGGUGUACUUCAGCUACUGUUCAACGGGGACCCGAUUGGAAAGUCUUCGAAACAUUGGCGGGCACUUACAGUGUCGUACGAUGCCAGCACUCCACGCCGUCUACUCGAUUUCGUCGCCUGGUCCUUACCUUCUCUUCAGCAACUCUCGCUCAAGGGACCUUCAAGCUCGAGGCUCCCGGUACUCGAUUUGCCCUCUCUAACGGCACUGGAAAGCGUCAAUGGGCUUGUGCCACCGGGUGUACAGCCCACUCAACUCACCUCACUUGUUCUUAGAGACGUCGAUUUAUGCGGCGACGGCGUGGACCUCUCGCAGUUUGAAAAUCUCACUCAUCUCUCCCUAUUCAAGUGCACCAACGAUCCACAAAUGCGACGCGUAACGCUCCCAAAGCUUACAACACUCGACGUGCGCACGCCGCUCCUCAUGUCGCUGCGCUUCCUCAUCCUCCCUCAACUUUCGACGCUUACGGCAGCGUUUGAGGAUCGGUGUAUUCAGUCCGUUAACACGCUGCGAAAUCUCGGGGGAGUGAAGAGACUACUGUUCGCGGAGUACGAGUGGCCGAUGACCGUCUGCAAGCGCACCGAAUGGGGCUUCUCAGCAUACUAUGAUCAGCCUCUGGAAGCCAUGAGGUUACGACCAGGCAUCGAGCGAUUGGAGCGCCUCGCGUAUUCGUGCCCAUUGUUAGAAUUCAUGGGAGGACUACCACUCGCGGUGAGUCAAAUGACCCGCAUCAUCCGACCUUCUCGUGCAUCGUGGCCUGGGUUGCGAUUGUAG